AUGAAGAUACUUACAACUCACUGGCUGCGCAUGAACUUCGCGCGGCUCUGCUCUUAUUGCACCACUUCCCACCCGUCGAAAAUAUUUGAACUAAGAGACGAGCGCAAGGACAGCUUCUCAGAGCCGAAUACUCAGGUUCGAGUUACAAGGUCCGGGAAAAUCUACAACUUCAUUGGCUGCUUAGUUGCAGCGGCCCUUUACUGCUAUACUACAUUGUAUUGGUCCGACUAUCUCUACACUUUCGACACAAUCAUCACGGUUUACCUAGCAGAACAGUGCGGCUGGGACAAUGAAAGAGUUCGUCGAAGCAUUCAGAAACAGGAAGGAAUGAAAGGCAACAUCCAUUUCAGUCUGAGCGUGGCAGAAAAAGGAGAACACUAUACACGUUCUGACCGCUCGUCAGAGCUUGAAUAUGGUUGUAUUGCUGCCAUCGUAGGAUAUCGUGAGGAUCCUAUCAUCUUCAUAAAAGCUCUCCAGAGCUACAAAGAUGCUGAGGGAUGUCAGUUUGUACUUACUUGUAUCGAUGGCAAUGAAGCAGAAGAUCAAGUCAUGGUUGACGUUUUUCGAAAGGCCUAUCCCAGUAGCUCGGCCGUCAUCGAUCUUCCCAUUCCACUAGUGGAUGUUGCGCUCCAAAUGGAGUGCGAUGCUGAAACGUGGAGGAAAGACAUAAUUCUCAUUGAGAAAUGCAUAAUACUUGCUAAGCAGACGCUAUUUGAUCACGAGAUACAUCUCACAGGACCCGAUGCCAUAACACAUCUCUGUGUAACACAACCCCAUAUGCACAAGAAGGGGAUCAUGUUCACCUCUUUCAUCGUCUGCUUUGCUCUUUCCGAGCUUCUCGAUAUCGAAUACGUGUGGACCUCCGAUUCUGAUUCCAUGGUCUACAAAGACACCAUUAUGAGAACAAUCCAGACCAUACAUGGAGACGACAAGUGCGCAGGAGCCAGUACUGCACUGAACAUCCAUAAUCGAAAGGAUAACCUUGUCACGACGUUGGGGAACACGAUUUACUUGAAUGAUCUACAUCUUUCGAGGUGUUUCUCAAGUGCCGUCGGCGCCAACGACUGCCAGAGCGGACCUUGUGCUGCAUUCCGUAUCGAAGCCAUCAAGCCCGAGUUACUAGCUUGGUACAAGCAGACCAUCUUUGGACAUUGGAUGAUUGUCAACGAAGAUCGACACAUGACAACCCGCCUCCUUCUCCAAGGCCAUCGUGUUCGCUACAUCUCACAAGCAGUGACCGCUACCGAAACGCCCGUCACGCUCCGCCGCUGGCUCCUACAGCAAGUCCGCUGGGCCCGCGCCGUGCACAUUGAGUCCUACGCUCAUCCAACCAUGUACCUCAACCAGCCGCCCUUAUUCUUCUAUGCCGCGUUGCGUCGAGAGAUAACAUCCUUUGUCAUAUUCACGACGGUGGUUUCUUACUUCUUCCUCGGCGUCAGCCCUUUUAUGCGGUUCAUACCGAGAGACUACGUGGUAAAGUUUCUCUUGACCGCGAUUUAUCUAAAGGCAAGGAACCCGAUUAAUCCUACCUGGGGCGAGUGGGUCUGGUCAGUCCCCGCCGCUUUAUUCUAUAUGAUACCGCUACCAGCAAUCCAAGCUUGGAGUUUUGUAACCAUGCUUGCUAAUGAAUGGGGUACGUCGAUGCGGGGGGAAUUGCAGACACAAGAGAGACACAGAUGGACAGAACUGAAGAAAAAGGUAUGGGAAGUAGGAUUCUUUGUUGUUUGGAUGGGCGUCGUUGGCGGGGUGAUGUGUCGUUAUAUCAGCUCAGAGACGGGGCUGGACGGUUGGACGAGCCUGGUAUGUACAGGUGUGGGUACGACGAUCAUGUGGACUGCUUUUGGGUAUUGGAUCGUUACUAUCAAGGAAUGA